AUGGCGCAAGGACUGAUACUCGGAUUCUUUGCGGCUGCCCUAACGCCGCUCUUUUAUACAGGUGAAGCAGCGAGCGGUACACCUGACAACAUCUCCAGUUUAUAUUUCAACGAUGUAAUUUGGGACGACGAUGGCGACAGUGGAGCUCGACAGUACAUGCGAGCAACCGGCCAACUGGCUCCGGGAAAUUACUGGCCCAACAACGGAAAGGACAUUCCUUACGCCUUUCAGCAACUCGAUCCCGACCAGCGACAAGCCGUGGAAAAGGCUUUACGAUUGAUUGAAUGGCGUACCAACUUUUGUAUAACUUUUAAAAGUCGGCAACAAGAGCGCGAAUAUGUACUUUUCCAACCCGGAAGAGGGUGCGAAGCGGAAAUUGGUCGUGUGUACGCACAUGUGACAAAGGUCCAGUUGCACGCCGACUGUUUCACACCGGGCGUAAUUCAGCACGAAGUCAUGCACGUGCUCGGCAUGUUCCACGAGCACAGUCGUCCGGAUAGAGAUGAGUACGUUACGCUCUUCCCCGAAAACAUUCGGUCAGGCGUCGAUGCGAGGAACUUCGACAAACUGCCGCUAAUGGCGACGUACGGGGUUCCUUAUGAUUUCGAUUCAAUUAUGCAUUACGGCGGCAUGGACCUUGCACGAGGCGGCGGCAGGCCAGCAAUCGUCAGGAAGAGGAACUCGUAUGCAAUUGGUCAACGGGGUGGUUUAAGCACAUUCGAUGUGGCGCGAUUGCAGAUAGCCUACAACUGCUCGCUAGAUAACGCCCGGUUCGAAAAGCGGAUAUCCGAGCGAAGACUGGAUUUAAAUUACGGAGCAUCAGCACCAGCCAAACAGCUUCCUUAUAGCGUCAACGAUCUGCCGCUGGUGUAG